AUGUCCACGGCAAUGAUCCUUCGCACGUCGGCGAUAUGCAAGACGGCAGUCAAUGCGUACCAGGAUUUCACCAGGAAGCGGGUGGAGAAGCCAGGGGAGGAUAUUGGAGCCCCGAGCUUCCACUUCUUCACGCGCCUGGUGAUCAUGCUCGAGAAAGGAUUGCCUCACGACGCCGCGGAUUGGGUGAGGGAGAUGCUGUUCCGUCCUACGUACGGGAAGCCUGGGAGAGACGCGGAGAACCGGGACGGCGAUAACGUUGUCGGCCUGAAGCUGAUGAACCCCGCCGAGCUGCCGACAGCCAUGCUGACCAUGAAGGGGUGGGGCGGCGGCGGCGGGGGCGGCGGCGGCUGGAACCCGCAGGAGGUCACGCUCUUUGUCAGCGGCGUUCCAGUAGGCGUGCAGAGGCGCGAGCUCCUGCACAUCUUCCGGCAGUAUGCGGGCUUCUCUCACAUGCGGCAGGUCGACAGGGAGGACCACUGUCUGGUGUUCGUCUCGUUCGCCACGCAGGCCCAG